AUUAAAAAAAAAAAAUCCACCAACCCAAUAUAAAUUGCAGUCCUAUUCUUUAUUCCAAUUUGUUAGUGGUAUCACUUCGUUGCCUCUGUUACUGUCUACGUCUUACAAGUGGUAUCCAGUUGGGUUCCAAUCUUGACCCUUGGAGAAAAGCGUCAAUAAGGGUCAUCAUGGCCAUGCCUUGGCCCUCGCCUCGUCUCGUCUUACCCGUGUCCCUCAUUUUCUUACUUUUGGAAAGAAGACUUCAAGGUAAGGUCCUUUCAAAUCAGACUUUUGUUCUUGUUUGACAAGAUAGAAGUGUGAACACAGGAUAAAUUUUCGACAUUGCAGAAAUAUUGUACAGAUUUUCCACUGCAAUGAUGUCUAGUUAUGAAAAAGACACGUCAAACAAACACCGCAGAAACAAAAAAUCCAUUUAAGUGAUCCAAUAGAUACUCCAUCCAAUUUCAAGUUCAACUAAGCUUGCUUUGAUUCCAAUUGAGAUAACUUGAUGAAAAUUGAAGACAGAGGGUCCCGGAUUAUCGUUGUCAUUUUUAAAAGUUUCCAAAUCAGGUUGAAAUUAAGGCAUAUACCGAUGGAAGACACUCGGUUCAUCCUCCCUCUCAUGGUUGUGAUGCUCUUGCAUAAUUUUGUGCCUAGUUUUUCGAUGGAAUCACCCAACAUCACCACUGAUCGAUUGGCUCUCCUUGCCCUGAAAGCCCAUGUCACUCGAGACCCUCAAAAUGUUUUGGCAACCAACUGGUCCGCUGCUACCUCUGUCUGCAAUUGGAUUGGUGUCAGUUGUGGAUCCAAGCACCGCAGAGUCACUGCUCUAAAUCUUAUUAGCAUGAGUCUCACAGGAACCAUCCCACCAAUCUUGGGAAAUCUGUCUUUUCUUACUUCGCUCAACAUUAGAAAUAACAGUUUUCAUGCUUCAUUACCAAUCGAAUUGGUCAAUUUGCGUCGGUUGAAAUUAAUAGAUAUUGGUAGCAACAGCUUCAGUGGAGAAAUCCCAUCAUGGUUUGGCUCCUUCCCUGAACUUCAAAACUUGUUUCUGUACGGUAACAACUUCACUGGUGUUAUCCCAUCUUCUUUGGGCGAUUUGUCAAAGCUAGAGAAGUUGGUCCUAUAUAACAAUAGUCUUGAAGGGCAGAUUUCUAAAGCAAUUGGAAAUCUUUCUAAUUUGCAAUGGUUAUAUUUGGAUUAUAAUCGCCUUUCAGGUCAUCUUCCUUCGGAUAUAUUUGAUCACCUUCCUAAAUUACGGCAGCUAGGUUUGGUUUCGAACCAGUUUUCCGGUAGAAUUCCAGCCAGUUUAUCCAAUUGCAAGGAGUUGGAAAUUUUGUACUUAUCGAACAACUCUUUGAACGGAAGUGUACCUGAAGAAAUUGGAAAUUUGACUAUGCUCAGGGAGUUGUAUCUCAGUAUGAACAACCUUGAAGGUUCCAUUCCUUCCUCAAUCUUCAACAUUUCUACAUUGCAAGUAAUUCAGCUAGGGAAAAACAACUUCUCAGGUCAUCUCUCAUCAGAUAUGUUUAAUCACCUUUCUGAAUUACAAUCGCUUGACUUGAGUCAGAAUCAAUUUUCCGGAAGAAUUCCAACAAGUUUAUUCAAGUGCAAAGAGUUACAAUACCUAUAUUUGUCCUACAAUCAAUUGAAGGGGACUGUGCCGGUAGAAAUCCGGAAUUUAACUUGGCUUACGGAGUUGGCUCUCGACCAUAACAACUUCCAAGGUGAAAUUCCACCAAUUAUUGGAAACAUGAGUUUUCUUGGUGUACUGUUUCUUCCCUCUAACAAUUUCACAGGACGACUUCCAUCUCCACCACCUUCAUUGAGAUGGUUCAUGGUUUCAGACAAUAAUUUAGUUGGAGACAUCCCUUCCUCAAUUUGCAAUGUGAGGUCACUUCAAGGUCUCAGCUUGUUUAAGAAUAAUCUCGUUGGAACUAUUCCACAAUGUCUUGGAAACUUAAGCUUUUCCCUUGUAGACUUGGAGUUACAGAUGAAUAAUUUUCAUGGUACAAUACCAGGAAAUUUUUCUGAAGGUUGUUCAUUAAGAAAUUUUAACCUGAAUAGCAACCAGCUGAAAGGGUCACUACCACGAUCUUGGGUUAAUUGUAGAGACUUGAAACUUUUAGAUCUAGCAAACAACAACUUAAAUGACACUUUUCCCCAUUGGUUAGGAAUUUUGGAUAUAGAAAUUCUUGUCUUGCGAUCUAAUAGAUUCUAUGGUCGGAUAGACAAUUUUGAAGUUACAUCUUCGUUCUCUCAUUUGCGGAUCAUUGAUCUCUCCCAUAAUGAUUUCAUUGGCUACUUACCAAUGAAAUUUUUCGAAAAUUUGCAUGCUAUAAGAGAUGCGAACAAAAGGAAAGCAGAGUACAUGAUAGAUUUAUAUGAUGAAGAUCGUUUUUAUGAUAACUCAGUAUUGAUUACGACGAAAGGGUUGGAGUUACAGUUCAUUGACAUCUUAACCACUUUCACAGCAAUAGACUUUUCAAGUAAUCGAUUCGGUGGACAAAUUCCUGAAGUACUUGGAGAACUUCAUUCCCUUUUAGUUCUCAACCUCUCUCACAAUAGUUUAACAGGUUCUAUCCCAUCAGUGUUAGGGAAUUUGUCAGCACUUGAAUCAUUAGAUCUCUCGUCAAACAAGCUCCAAGGAAGAAUUCCUCAAGAACUAGUGAAUAUGAUAUUCUUAGAGGUAUUAAACCUAUCUCAGAAUCAUUUUGUGGGACAGAUUCCUCAAGGCAAUCAGUUUGGUACUUUCUCAAAUGAUUCCUACAUUGGGAACUUGGGUUUAUGUGGACUUCCUUUAUCAAAAAAAUGCGAUGAUGAUCAGAAUUCGGAAACUCAUCCAAUAAAGUUUGAUGAAGAUGAUGAUACCACAAGAGAAUUGAAUUGGAAAUUUUCUAUAUUGAUGGGUUAUGGAUGCGGAUUGGUGCUGGGACUGAGCAUGGGAUACAUUGUAUUUACAACUGGAAAACCAUGGUGGUUCAUUAGGAUCAUUGAGAGAGUUCUGCAAAAAUAUGUUACAGGGAAAAACCGAAGAAGACAAGGAAGAAAACAACACAACUAAUACUCUUAGAUUUUAUGUGUUGCAGUAAGGAUACUCCAAGGGAGGCCUAUUUCUAACAGAUUGGCAAAUGGGACAUUCUUGAUAAGAAUUCAAGAAGGGAGAUUUUUCAAGUCCGGCAGGAUAUCCUAUAUUGUUAUACGUUAAACAUCGUUGUGUUUUAGGUUACUGUUUGUUUCCAGUUUGUUGGAUUAUAGUGACUAGUUUCUGCUGUAAUAUUACUCCAUAAAUUCUACAGUGCUUCCCUAUAACAAUGAUAUGCAACUUCCUUUGCACAUUGUUAUCUUCAAUAAAGUUA